AUGUCUGAUCAUGUUGUAUGGACUUACGUUGGAAGUAAAGAUGUGAAACAACCUCCAAUCAGCAUUUUGUUUCAGCACUUUGCCAAACUUAACAACUCCAGAAACUUCUCCACCCCUCCUGCUGAUGUUCUGAUAGAAAUCAAUUCAGAAAACUCAGAGUCAAAUUCAAGAUCAUUUUACUCUGAAAUUGGAAUCAGUUCAGAAAGUUACUCCAGUUUACAGCAGAAACUCUACUGGGCUGGACCAGACAUGUCAAUCACAAAUGUGUCAAUGAGUACAAGUGCAGCUCACUCCACUUUCAUCAUUCAGAACUUGAAAGACAGCUACCAAGGGGAGGAGCUUUUUGUUACUAUCCAUGCCAGAGACUUUAACAAUGAAUCUAAACGUUAUGGAGGAGAUUUCUUUCAAGCAAAGCUUUUCUCAUCUGAAAAUCCCCCAAAGGCCAGUGUGUUUGGGGAGGUAGAGGAUUUGCUCAAUGGCUCUUACUCUGUGCGUUUUCUUCUGCCGUGGGUUGGACAGGCACAGGUGGCUGUGCGUAUGAUCCACUCCAGUGAAGGGGUGCAGGUCCUCAAGCAUCACAGAGACACUGAUUCUGACCGAGUUUACUUUAACGGAUAUUUUGAAGGACCAGGACCAAAUGGGAACAGGUUGAGAGAAACAGUGAAGUGUAAUGUGAAGUGGGACAAGAAUGGACUGGAGAGGAUGGGGACUGGAGAUUGCUGCUGUGAUUACAAAGAUUCUGGCAGUGGAGAAGAAUGGCGCUGUCAGAGACCCAAAUCCCUGCCAUGCAGCGCUCGCGUCUAUCACUCUAUGGGCGGGUAUAACAAACGUGUGACUGCCAAAGAAGCAAUGUUUAUGAGUGAAACCAACAAAUACAUCAAUGGCCAAAGAACACCGAUCAAGAUUCUUCCUUCCAAUGAAACAGUGGGAAUUGAUGUAACACAGAAAUGUCAUCCUGGUUUGCACAUACCAGUUCCAGCUGGGUUUUACCUGAAUGAUGUUUGGAAGUCCUCUGUGUGUAGCACUCGUCAAUUUACUACCAAAACAACAACACAAUGCCUGAAAGACAAACACAUCUACAUGAUGGGAGACUCUACUUUGAGACAGUGGUUUGACUUCUUGCUGAAAGCAGUACCAACUUUCAAGCGGAUGAACCUGCAUGUUCAAUAUGAGGCAGGUCCUCUUCUAGCAGUGGAUGUGGAGAACAACAUUGACUUACACUGGAGGGCUCACGGUCUUCCUUUACGUUGUCUGAAAACAGAAGUUUCUAAUCUGCACUACGUCAGUAAUGAGAUUGAUGAUCUGACUGGAGGACCUCACACUGUUAUUGUCUUUAAUCUGGGGCCACACUUCACAACAUACCCUCUCGAUUUCUACACCCGCAGAGUGAUGAGGGUCCGCAAAGCUGUGCUAGAUAUGUUACAACGGGCACCAGACACUACCAUUAUAAUCAAGACUGUCAACACCGGCUAUAAGGAUGUGUUUGGCAGUGACUGGUAUUCCCUGCAGUUCAACAGAAUCCUACAGUGGGCUUUUCAAGAUGUUGGUGUUUAUAUUUUGGAUGUUUGGCAAAUGACAGCAUGUCACUACAACGUAGAGAACAUUCAUCCAGGUCCUGUCAUCAUCAAAAAUGAGAUGGACAUUUUCCUUUCUUUCAUUUGCCCUGAAUGAUCUUGUCAGGAGCAAUGAGGAGGCAGAUGGCAGAUAAAUUACAAACUGUCUAACUUAUGGCAUUCUAGUGUGGACAGCAGAAAUACAUUUUAAUUUCCAUUCAAAAGAUAUAGAUACAUCCAAAACCAUUCUUACAGUGUAGCUUCUCAAAGCAGGGUUAGGUACCUCUAAGUUAAUGCUUCUUUUUUUGUGAUAUGAAUUAUUGCCAUCACAAA